UAUGGAUCUACGCUUAAAAAAAUAUACCCAAACUACAAAUUUCCGGUACUUGGGUAUUGCUGGAAGUUCGACAACAUUCUCUUCCAACCCAACAACGUGCACAAACUUGGAUAUUCUACAUCCAAAACAGAGAAAAGUAUGCCACAGGUCUAGAAACGUUCUGGAUGUUAUUAGCGAAGGAGCUUCAGUCGGUAUUGAAGAGUGUCAGCAUCAAUUCUCUGAUAGAAGAUGGAAUUGUACAACCUAUAAUACAACUGACGUGUUUGGUAACAUAACGAAGACAAAGGGACGGGAGAAGGCUUAUAUUUAUGCUAUAUCAUCGGCCGGAGUAAUGUAUGCGGCAGCUAGGGCGUGCUCAAAAGGACAAAUGAAUAUUUGUGGCUGCGAUCAUAGAGUGCGAAGAAGGAAUACGAAUGGUAAAUUUGUUUGGGGAGGUUGUUCCGUGGACGUUCGUUUCAGCGAAAAGUUUACAAGAGAGUUUCUCGAUAGUAAAGAAUCAUCUAUGAACGAAGACGGUUCUAUGAAUAUCUGGAACAACAAGGCGGGUCGAAAAGUAGGUUUCUUUUUUUUUUAUGUCUUUUAA